CGCGUUCGGUCGGUCGGUAAUCGCGUGUGCCGACGUCGCCAUGCUAUCAUCGUUCCGCUCGUCUUGCCUCGACGGCUCGACGGAGCCGCUGCGCUUCCGAAGCCGCAAGGCGUCGAGGCCGCACGUGACAGCGUCGCCGGUCCUCGUGGAGUUUGGCAAGCUCGCCAGCGCGGGCCAGCGUCGCAAGAGGCAGGCCACAGCCGCCACAGCGGGACUGACACCGUCGUCCACAUCAGUCGACGAUGACCAGGGGGCGCUGAUGCACGCCACAGCGGCCUUAUAUGCCAGCUGCAUGCGGCCUGGCAACAAUGGUGGCGACUGCCUGGUCCAGCCACAGGCACUGUACCGUGCGCUUUGUGCUGAGGGGGCCCGAACACUCCUAAUACUCAGGGACGCCCAAGAGAUCGUGCAUGAGUGGGAGUCCAGUGGCCGCGACCGGACUCUAAGCAGCCCUGAGCUUUCACCAGUUGCACAGAACGGUUCGACAGCCACAGAGAUCAACAACAACCCGCCAGAGUCAGGGUCAAAGGCCCAGACACCGGUGUCCGCUUCCAAGCCAUGGCAGAGGAUCGUGCCGCUCGACCGCACAGCAGCAGCCGACAGCGAGCGUCGUACGCAACCGGGAUCCCAGGAGGACGAAGUUGCGCCAGACAGUGACGAUGGCGGCCCCAGUGCUAACAAUGACGGGGAACGCGACGACCGCGUGUGGAUCGCCUGGUCUUCAAGACGGGUCCCAUCGGCCGAAGGCAGCACCGAAGAAGACGGCGUCGAGCUGACGCUGUGCGGCGGCGACGAGACCUCGACGACCAGCGGCCGCGGUAGCACGUGCUCGGCGACGGCCCGCGACGCCUCGCGAACCGACCCCUUCUCGGACGUCUUCAGCGACCUCUCGGACUCAGACAGUGAAAUGGAGGAGGAAGAGGAGGAGACAGAGGAAGAAGGCCUGCAGCGGUUUCUGCGCGCCGUGGCCGCGAGGCGGCGUGAGCGAUCCCGUGCACUCGCCUCGUGGAGCCUGGCGCCCAGGCACGUGGGGCCCGAGCACCGCCUCCUGGGAUGCGCCACGUUCGUCAAGAACUACAGGAUACCUGGAACAAGGGCGUGCUUCCUUUCACUGCUGGCCGUUCGAAAAGGCUUUCGCCAGCAUGGCAUCGGCAGCUACCUCCUAAAGCAAAUCAAGAGCCCCUCUGUGGUUGGACCAUACGACGCCUUGCUCGUCCGGGCGCCGACCAUUAGCCGACGGUUUUUCGUCAAGCACGGAUUCACCGACGACAUCGUCCUCAGCAGCCGCUUCAGGGAAGCUGAUGAAGCGGAGUACGACGGCAGCCUGCUCUGCUACCUGCCCCCAUUCGAUGGUCACUACCCGUCCCUUCCCGGCACAGCGGAGUGGAACCGGCCGGAAGCCUUGGCUGCAAUGGAAGAGGAAGUGGAACGCUGGAAACAGAAGAGCCUGGAGUCGUACCAGUGUCAAGUGACCUGCCUUGUUCGAUUGAGGCACGAGGUUCUACGGUUGCAUGCCCUGCUGCAGGAACAGGAGCACGCCAUGCAGGCCUUGCGGAAGGAAAACUGCAGACUCCAGUCCAGACUGUCCCGAGCCGAAAAGAAGUCAGCCCGUUCGCUGAUAGAGACCUUAGAGAAGGAAGCGGCCGACUUCGAACGCCUCUGCAACUUGGGACAGCAACUUCAGCAACCGGGAGGUGCCAACGCUUUGCUAGAGUCCCGGGCGAAGCUGCGCACAGCCUUCCGCUGAAAAAAAGAAGAGAAAAAGAAGACAACCAGACGACGGGGUCCUGUCAAAAACAAUUCCGUUUUGCGGAUCUCGUUAGGCGGGUCAUUUUGACAUAUUUUGUGGAGCUGUUGUUUCAUUAAUGAUAUAUUUAUGUCUCUCCUAGCCAGUCGGUGCCCACAUCAUAAUUCAAGUCAUAGCAUGGUUGAUAUAUUGAACGUCCGCGAUGCUUCGUUUAAGUUGUGUUAAAGUACUGCGCACUUUUAGCGGUGUCUCUACAGAGGGGUAUGCCAGCUUUCAUACGUAACAGAAAGUUUACUACUCGUGGUUGCAGCCGUUUUUCAGUGCAAAUAAGAUUCGAAAAGCAGAAACCUUGACUGCUCAGUCAGUUAGCAAAGAUUAAUAAUGACUGUAGUGCAAAAAGGAGCUAAACACAAGCAAAUUAGGACACACGGGAAGUGCCAGCCAAGUACUAAUGUUUUAUUGAGAACAAAAAAAAAGUUAGUUUUCAAACAAAUUUCAAUUUUUCGUCAGUGCGUGUGUUUUCGACUGGUUUGCUUGUACGUCCUUUUUGCACUGUUUUAAUGUAAAAACAGAUUCUGGCUGAACAAUUUCCACGAAAGAUUAUUAUCAACUCACGACCAAUCUUAUGGUUGCCGCAAACAUUGACACGAAAGGGUAAGAAAUAGUUUAUCAGAGAUAUUCCGCAACAUAAAACCCAUUGAACUGUCGGCAGGCAAGGCUUCAUCUCACAUAAUGAGUGUGAUUGCAUAACAGGAGAAAGAAAGAGCUUUCGUGCGUUCUGAUUUUGUCCGUCAACAGCGCUCAUGACCGUAGAUAGCGAUCAAAAUUACUUUGUCAGAGUCAUGAAUGGACAAGUACUUGUUAUCUGCAUUUUAUAAUCAGCUGUAAAAUAAGUGCAUCAGGCCAAAAUAAUCCUAUAUUUGUGGCAAGUUUCCUAAAACAAAAAUUUCAUCUAGUUGGUUUCGAAUGACAGGUGAAUCGCAGCGCAUUAUACAAGAGACGAGUACAGACCAGCGAUCAGUCGGUCUUGUUUCUGCGGUUGCCCCUUGUUUAUUGCACUAUUAUUUACUUGUUGAACGUGGUUCAAUUGAUUUGCUACGUGCCUGUGUAGUCCUGGUCGCUACUCCUAAGUUUCAAUUUCACCACGAUCGCGAAAAAUAACAGUAGUUUCGUAAUAACAGUAGUUUUUGACUACGUGAACGACAAACUACCGUUGCACAUUAGUGGAAUUUACGAAAGCGCACUCCUAUGGUUUAACGGGAAGAACAGGCCUAUCAUCUCGUAUUAUAUAAUGAUGCAAAUAAGGAGGCUCACGCGAUAUAAAACGGUUAUGUGGAAUUCAAGCACAUCAACUUGUCACUGCAAAAAUUUAUAAGAAAAGAGACGAAGCAGUAAGCAUAGGGAUAAACAGGUGGCCACUAUUAAUACAUAUACACAAACCAGAACAAGUGCCCCUAUAACGUAAAACUAUUCCAUUCUGAUGUUACUCGAAUCUCCUGAUGUUAAAUUUACGCAACCGCCAACGAAAGCAUCGGGCGGUGACCCGCAGAGUUGUUUGAACUGCCCAAUCAAACAUUCUCUUCGUUUAUAGGAUGUAAGUUUGCUUUCAAAGCGAAUAGCAUUGCCUUCCUUGGCAGGUUUUUCUUAUCCGAUUGGCUGACAAGAGGCGAGGAGCUCACGGAAGAGGAGAGAAUAUCAGUGGGGCCUGACUAUCACAGUAAGUAGAUAACUUAGUGAGGAGAAGGGUGCCGGCGUGUGCAAUUGGUCCGCUUCCCCUUGAUUAGCUUGCGGCAGCUGGUCGGGCUGCUGGCAACAGGGAGUAUAAAAUGCCGCCAAAACAGGUCCUCAGCGAAGAAGAGUAGACAGAGAUACGUGCGAAAGUGCUUAAAAAUGUUAGCCUGCCACACAAAAAUAUUAAUUUUACGCAAAGAAAGCCAUUCUCGCCGGCCGCUUCGAGUAGCCAGUGCCAGAGUGGUCGGCCGGCGGGCAUCUUCUAUUCCUUUCUGAACGGGGCAGUAUACGGCUAUUCCGAAUUAAAUUCAGUUUGGUUCGGCAUGAUAAUUCAUCUUUAGUGCGUACAUGCCAGUUUGACGUGGCGAGUUUUCGCGGUUUUUUGACAUCCUUUGACGAACAGGGGAAAUUGGCGCAGUCCGAAAAAAAAAAUGUCACCAAUGCAGCUUUCGGGUAAUUGCAAAAAUGGUGUAGAAUCGGAAAGAACUUUUUGUUUUCGUUUGCAAGGCCUAAUCAUGCUUAAUAACUGUGUACACAUCGUAUCAGAAGGGGAGUUUUCGCAGAUUUCGUAACAUCGCGUGAUAGACAGGCGCAGUGGGCGUUGCCAGAUAAAAUUUCACCAAUCGUGGAAGGCUAGUGGCGUAAAUACGAUAGAAUAAAAAAAAUUCAUGAGCCAUUCCAUUCUGUGAAGGUGCAUGACCAGCGAAGCUGUGUAGCACACGACGCAGAGGUGCCACAUAAUUUUGAAAAAAAGGUACGAGCAUAUCUAUUGUCAUCAUCGGUGGUCAUCAUCACGAUAGGUACGCACACACACUCGCGUAUCACCUUUGUUAUUAAAUGCGUUUGUCACGUAAUACAAUGAAGGGCUCAUACCCCCUUAAGAAAUGGCGCAUACCCCCGUAAGCGCGGCCUCCCCAUUACGACGGCAGAAGAGAAGUGAAAUUCUUCGCUGGAAUGCUGAGCGGCAACGGUUCCAGCUGUAGAUGAAGACGACGACGCUCGAGCCCUUGCUCGAGCCAUGACUGAUGACGAUAGUUUCUGCAUACACUGCAGAAGCCAAGAAACCCCGCAUCUUAGUCAUAUACAGGUUUGCUGUAAAAUAUAUUGGAAUAACUUUACAUUACAGCGCCCCAGUUUCAAUCGCAGCGGCACCACAGAGAAAAAACUAUCGUGCCAAAAAGCACGCUCAGCUCAGAGCCACUGAACUGUGUGCUCCUAAAGCUCGUCAAACGUACUCUGCUAACGAAACAUUGGUUGAAUUCACAAAGCUUUUCGUUUGCAAGUGCUCGUUGAGAUUCGCUGACCGCCUUCGUCAAUGAUGCGUCUAGCAUAAAGAUUGAAUGAAGUAUUCUCUUACGAAAAGUUCUAGCGAACGAGCUUUUUGUUUAUACGAGCCGAGUUCCCUAAUCUCGACGCUGCCGUGACCGUUUCGCGAUUACGCCGCAAGUCCGCGCAUUGAUUUCCCUGGUGAGCCCUGAAGAAAGGUCUACAAAGGCUUUCUAGAAAGAAAGCCUCAAUCGUGCAAUAGCGCAAUAGUGCGAGCGACAUGCAGUGGUGCUUGGGACUUUGACAUAAUGGUGUCUACCAUACUUACACGAAGCGAAGUGAAUGCACUGUUUUUAGAUGCUGUAGAUGGUGAAUCUGAUGAGUUUAUCUGCCGUACCCCUUUGAGCGAGUCGGCAUGCAAGUUUCACCUUAUUCUGGCCGCGGCGGCCGCAUUUCGAUGGGGGCGAAAUGAAAGAACGCCCGUGUCCCGUGCAUUGGUGGAAAAUUACAGAUCCCCUGGUGGUGAAAAAUUACUACGGCAUGUCGCAUAAUCAAAUGGUCGUUUUUCAACGUAAAACCCCAGAAUUCGUUCAAGUUCCACCAUAUUGAAAUAUGCUGUUUGCAUUCCUAAUCCGCUUUGACUCAUUCUAUGGUUCUAAUGUUUGACUUGUCCCCGUGAAUAUGUAAAUAGGCACGAUACUAUUUAUACAUUAUUCAUGUUUGUGCUUCUAGUAGAGUCUUCCGUGGUCUUUGCUUGCUUUUAGUUCGCAAUGUUUGAUUUCCCAUGGUGACAAUAAAGCAAAGGCUUUGGACAGCACUGACCACACUGUCACGCGGCAAGGAGCGCUGCGCCACUCACAGUCUGCGAGCGGACAACCUUGCAAAACACUUUUGGGGAAGUGUGGUGACCUACAAAUGUUUCUGCCUUUUUAUGUCCUAUACGCUUGGCCCGUUUACACAAACCUUCUCUUAUGUAAAAGUAUUCCUGACUGGGCAACAGUGGCGCGCCCUCAAGCGUCUAUCGCUUUCGAUGUUAUCGCUAUGAUAACGAAAUGACUCGCGUGUCGAUUACCAGUCGCUUACUGCAAGUCAUUGUGAUAAAAUACCAGCCCUGACAACGUUGCGUCACUCUGCCGUUCGGUUCUGCAAAGGAGUAGCAUAACUGAUAAGAUCGUUACCGCAAUAGCAAUUUGAUUGUUCUUUCUCGAGAUGUUAUCUCGUGCGUGAUUACGCAUACGAACUAUCACACGGAGUCAGAACUCCUGAAGCACGACAAAUGCAUUACUAGGAAAGAUGUAAUUAGCCGGAGAAAAAUGCAUAAAACGUGACUUUUGCGUAGUGUUUUUCACUGCGUAGAUUUACAGAUAUACUUUUAUUUGUCACUUGCUUCUAUGUCACGAAUGUAACCAUGCCAAGUGUAAAGGCAAUAUCUGGCUGGCAAUAAUUUUGAGAAAGCAAAUAAACUGCACGAGUAGAUGCUCAAACACAGACAAAACAGAUGUAAACUAGUAUUUGUGAUUUGCGCGAAACGAAAGGCAGGAAAGAUGCAAGCGUCGCGAACAAUACUCCCGAAUUCGCUGCUUUCCCUGGCGCUGUGGGCGGAACACUGUCAGCGCGAACUCAAUGCGCUUCGAUGAUGCCAGGGUGGUAGUAUUAAUGUUUGCAGCCAGGUCAAAGCAGAAUUAUUGCGGAAAUAGGGGAUCUUGAUUGUCGAUUGCCAAAUACGAGAAUGCCAAGAUCGUGAAACAAAAUGGUAUAAUAUUAUUUGUUGUGCAAGUACUCGCACUCAUAUCGCUUUACAGACAGUUGUUUUUUGUCAACAUUUAUUUUGCCAAGAUAUACUUGUUAAGUGGGGACAUCACCGAAUGCAUAGUGGGGCAACCGCGAAUACAACAGAAGCUGCAGCGGGGCAACAUGUAAAUAUUUGGUGGAUAUUUGUUCAGUGCAAUAUAUUUAUCUGGAAAAGGAAUAAACAGAUACGUCUGAAACGCACUAAGCAUUAGUCACAUAGGUAGUUGACGUAUUACUUAUCUGGCAUCAAUUCAAACGAAACAGAAGUUCACAGAAAAAUUGAGCUUUGAAAUGAUUUAGAGUGGUUGAACAAGGAAUGUCGCUGUAGAUUAGUUUU